AUGACUUUUAACAGUUUUGACGGCUCUAAAACUGCAGACAUCAAUAAAGAUGAAGAAUUCAUAGAAGAGUUCAGUAGAUUAAAAACUUUUGCUAGUUUUCCAAGUAGUAGUCCUGUAUCAGCAUCAACUCUGGCCCGGGCUGGAUUUCUGUACACCGGUGAAGGAGACACUGUACAGUGCUUUAGCUGUCGUGCAGCAGUAGAUAGGUGGCAGUAUGGAGACUCAGCAGUUGGAAGACACAGGAAAGUAUCCCCAAAUUGCAAAUUUAUCAAUGGCUUUUAUUUUGAAAAUAAUGCUACACAGCCUACAAAUCUUGGUAUUCAAAAUGGUCAACACAAAGUUGAAAACUCUCCGGGAACCAGAAAUAAUUUUCUGUUAGACAGACCAUCUGAGACGCAUGCAGACUAUCUUUUGAGAACGGGACAAGUUGUAGAUAUAUCAGACACCAUGUACCCAAGGAACCCUGAAAUGUGUAGUGAAGAAGCUAGAUUAAAGUCAUUUCAGAACUGGCCAGACUAUGCCCACUUAAGUCCAAGAGAGUUAGCUAGUGCUGGACUCUACUACACAGGUAUAGAUGAUCAAGUACAGUGCUUUUGUUGUGGUGGAAAAUUAAGAAAUUGGGAACCUUGUGAUCGGGCAUGGUCAGAACACAGGCGGCAUUUUCCUAAUUGCUUUUUUGUUUUGGGCCGGAAUGUUAAUAAUACUCGAAGUGAGUCUGAUGCUUUGAGCUCUGAUAGAAAUUCCCAAGAUUCAGCAAAUUCUCCAAAAAAUCCAACCAUGGCAGAUUAUGAAGCCCGGAUCACGACUUUUGGGACGUGGAUAUACUCAGUUAACAAGGAGCAACUUGCAAGAGCUGGAUUUUACGCUUUAGGUGAGGGAGAUAAAGUGAAGUGCUUUCACUGUGGAGGAGGGCUAACUCAUUGGAAGCCCUGUGAAGACCCUUGGGAACAGCAUGCUAAGUGGUACCCAGGGUGUAAAUACCUGUUAGAAGAGAAGGGACAUGACUAUAUAAACAAUAUUCACUUAACCCAUUCACUUGAGGAGUCUUUGGCAAGGCCUGACAAAACAUCAUCACUAACUAAAAAGAUUGAUGAUACCAUCUUUGAAAAUCCUAUGGUGCAAGAAGCAAUACGAAUGGGAUUCAGUUUCAAAAACAUUAAAAAAAUAAUGGAAGAAAAAAUUCAAACCUCUGGGAAUAACUAUAAAUCCCUUGAGGUUCUGGUUGCAGACCUAGUGAGUGCUCAAAAAGAUAGUGCACAAGAUGAAUCAAGUCAGACUUCAUUGCAGAAAGAAAUUAGUACUGAAGAGCAGCUAAGACUUCUGCAAGAGGAGAAGCUUUGCAAAAUUUGUAUGGAUAGAAAUAUUGCUAUUGUCUUUAUUCCUUGUGGACAUCUGGUCACUUGUAAACAGUGUGCUGAAGCAGUUGACAAAUGUCCCAUGUGCUACACAAUCAUUACUUUCAAGCAAAAAAUUUUUAUGUCUUGA